AUGCCUGCCCCGACCGCCAAGCAGGUAGAGGUUUCUGCCCCGCCAUUCGAGGCGGCCUUCCAAGAGCCUCAGCAAGACGAGGAGCUCCUCCUCGAUGCGCCCGCCCUACCCGAGGAGAUGGACGCGAUCCUUCCCAGCGUGCCGCAGAACGGAGAGGAAGGCGAAAUGGUCGUCGACGAGGAGAACCGCCCGCGCUUUGCGCCCGCCAGAGACAUUGACCCCGUCACCAGAAUAGAGACUCGCAAGGUCCCCGUGCCUCCUCAUCGGUUCACCCCGCUUAAGUCUUCUUGGCCCAAGAUUUACCCCCCGCUCGUCGAGCACCUCAAGCUCCAGGUCCGCAUGAACCCCCGCCGGAAACAGGUUGAGCUUCGGACCUCGAAGCACACCACCGAGGACGGCGCCCUGCAAAAGGGCGAGGACUUCGUCAAGGCCUUCACCCUGGGCUUCGACGUCGACGAUGCUAUUGCGCUGCUGCGUUUGGACGACCUUUACAUCGAGACUUUUGAGAUUCGCGAUGUCAAGCAGGUUAUGGGUAACGAGGCGCAAGGCCGUGCUAUUGGUCGCAUUGCAGGCAAGGACGGCAAGACAAAGUUCGCCAUCGAAAACGCCAGCAAGACCCGUAUCGUCCUGGCCGACAGCAAGAUCCACAUCCUCGGCGCAUACAAGAACAUCCACAUGGCUCGCGAGUCCAUUGUUAGCUUGAUUCUCGGAAAGCCGCCUUCCAAGGUCUACGGCAACCUGCGGACGGUCGCGGCGCGCAUGAAGGAGAGAUUCUAG